UAUGUAUUUAACGAUGAUAUAUUCCAGUAAUGUCGAUCAUUCGUGGGGCUCAAUUUAAAGAAUAAACAUCAUGGUUCGGCAUUACUGGAAAAUGUUUAUUUAUGUUUUCGUGUUUGGUGUGAUAUGUAAAGGAGACGGACUACCUGAAAAAGUUUUCAUCGUAUACCCAUAUAAAGAAGGUGAUAUUGUACAAUCUAAACCUAAGUUUCCAGCAGAAAACUUUGAAAAUAAAAUUGAAAGAAAACCAAAAAUGUUAGAUGACGCAAAAGUUCAUUUAAUCUAUCCAACUCAUGAGGAUUUUGUCAUAAUGACACCUGCACCGAUGUACGAUUCCAAUGAGUCUUUAUUGGAAUCCACAACCAUAGCAGAAAGCUCAACGGACUUUUUUAAUGAUUUAAUAACAACUACCGAAACUAUUGAUGACGAUUUAAGAUCAGUGGAUGAGAACAAAGCUGAAACAACUACUAGCGAUAUUGAAUCAACAACAAUAGAUCUUAUAACGACAACUGAUAUCCCUAUACAAACAGAAACAUCACCACUUCCAGAAAAAAAAUUGCUUGAUAUCUUUGAAGAAACAGGUCCAAAGAAAACUUUGAGAAAACGCAUGUUUGAAGCGACUAAAUUUUCGAGAAAAUAUCCAUCAAAUUUGAAAAUGAAUAAUGAUAUGAAAAUACCAACGACUGAGAGUCCUUUGAAUGCAUUUAAAAACUGGUAUAGAAAAACAAAUAGACAUGAAACCGUCAUGGUUUUGAGUAAAACAAAAAAGCAUUCAAGCAAUAAAGCUAAUGAAAGCACAACCGAACCAAGUUCAGUUAAUACAAGUACCACGGAAAAGAAGGAAAUUAAAAAGGAUCAACGUUACACGAGACGUUAUACGAGGACAUAUAAAAGAAAAACAGUUUAUAUAUAAAAUUUAAAAAUGAAUAAAAAAAAAUAAAACACUUUGAUUUUAAAUCAAAAAUAAAAC